AUCGAGGGGGGAGAGGGACCGCCCGCGAUUGCUACGGCCGCCAUCGCGGGCGGGCGGGCGAGCUUGAAAGCGUGCUUGCCUGCCAUUUCCCAGCUUCCAAUUCCUUUUCCCUUCUAGCCUUCUUCCUCCCUUCUCCCACUCCCACGUCCACCACCUCCAUCUCCUCCCCUCCACGUCCCGCCCUCUCCCUCCACGGCGGCGCGAAUCGGACUGCACGUCCGCCCAUUCCAUUCCCUCCCGCCCGGUGGAUGCGUCCGGGCUGGCCGCGGGCCCGUCCGAGGUUGCGGCGGCGGCGGCGGCGGCAGCAUCAGCAGCAGCAGCGGAGCGCGGCCACCCCGGCAUCCACGGAGGCAGCGGGAAACCAUCCAGCCACGGCGAUGUGGGAGCGCAGAAGGUCGUAGCAAGGCGGUUUCCUUGAUUCGUGAAUCUUCGAUCAAGGAUGGAGCGCCGGGCUUUGCUCCUCGGGGUGGCCCUGGCCUUUCUGCUGGCCUCCGGCUCCCAGGGCUUGAACCAUGAAGGAUGGCUUCUCCUGGCGCUGAAGAGCCAGAUGGUCGACACCCUCCACCACCUUGAUAGCUGGGACCCGAGGGAUCCAACACCGUGCGCGUGGAGGGGUGUCAACUGCUCGUCGGCGCCAAGCCCAGCGGUGGUGUCUCUCGACCUCAACAACAUGAACCUCUCGGGCACUGUCGCGCCUAGCAUUGGUGGCCUGGCUGAGCUGACGCGACUCGAUCUAUCCUUCAAUGGAUUCUAUGGUCCCAUCCCUGCAACGAUUGGGAAUUUGUCGAAUCUGGAGGUGCUUAACUUGUUCAACAACAACCUCAUUGGUAUAAUUCCCCCUGAGGUCGGGAAGCUAGCUAAGCUGGUCACGCUUAAUCUGUGCAACAACAAGCUCCAUGGUCCGAUACCUGAUGAGAUUGGUAAUAUGACAUCACUUCAGGACUUGGUAGGAUACAGUAAUAAUCUCACUGGUUCGCUACCUCAUUCACUCGGCAAGUUGAAGAACCUGAAAAAUAUUCGGUUAGGUCAGAAUCUUAUAUCAGGCAACAUUCCUGUUGAGAUAGGCGAGUGCCUCAACAUAACUGUGUUUGGUCUUGCACAGAACAAUUUAGAGGGUCCUUUACCUAAAGAGAUUGGGAGGUUGAGUUUGAUGACCGACUUAAUCCUAUGGGGGAACAAGCUUUCAGGUGUUAUUCCGCCAGAGAUAGGAAACUGUACAAGUCUUGGCACAAUUGCCCUCUAUGACAAUAACUUAGUUGGUUCCAUACCUGCAACAAUUGGGAACAUCACGAAUCUUCAGAAGCUAUACCUUUACAGGAACUCAUUAAAUGGUACAAUUCCAUCUGACAUUGGGAAUCUUUCUCUUGCACAAGAGAUUGACUUUUCAGAGAAUUUCUUAACUGGAGGGAUACCGAAGGAGUUGGGCAACAUACCAGGCUUGAAUUUGCUCUACCUCUUCCAGAACCAGCUUACAGGCCCUAUUCCUACAGAGUUGUGUGGGCUGAGAAACUUGAGUAAACUUGAUCUAUCGAUCAAUUCACUCACUGGCCCGAUUCCAGCCGGAUUUCAGUACAUGAGAAAUCUAAUACAAUUGCAACUCUUCAACAAUAAGCUCACAGGCAACAUACCUCCAAGGUUUGGCAUUUAUAGCCGACUUUGGGUGGUGGAUUUCUCAAACAACAGUAUUACUGGGCAGAUACCGAAAGAUCUUUGCAGGCAGUCAAACCUUAUUUUGUUGAAUUUGGGGUCUAACAUGCUCACAGGGAACAUUCCCCAUGGAAUCACCAACUGUAAACCAUUGGUGCAACUUCGUCUUGGCGACAACAGUCUGACAGGAAGCUUCCCUACUGAUCUCUGCAAUCUGGUAAAUUUGACAACAGUUGAGCUGGGUCGAAACAAAUUUAGUGGCCCAAUACCUCCUCAGAUAGGCAAUUGCAAGUCUCUGCAAAGGCUAGACCUUACAAAUAAUUAUUUCACGUCAGAGUUGCCUCGAGAAAUUGGUAAUUUGUCAAAACUCGUUGUCUUCAAUAUCUCAUCUAACAGACUAGGUGGAAACAUACCGCUGGAAAUUUUCAAUUGUACAGUGUUGCAACGACUUGAUCUCAGCCAGAAUAGCUUUGAAGGUUCGUUGCCAAAUGAAGUUGGUAGACUGCCACAGCUGGAGCUGCUAUCUUUUGCUGAUAAUAAGCUAACUGGCCGGAUACCACCCAUUCUUGGUAAACUAUCACAUUUGACAGCACUGCAGAUUGGUGGCAACCAGUUAUCUGGUGAAAUCCCAAAGGAGUUGGGCUUGCUGUCAAGCUUGCAGAUUGCCUUGAAUUUGAGCUACAACAACCUCUCUGGCAACAUUCCAUCAGAGCUUGGUAACCUUGCACUGUUGGAAAGUUUGUUUCUUAAUAACAACAAGCUGACUGGUGAAAUCCCAACUACAUUUGCCAAUCUGUCCAGUUUGCUUGAGCUCAAUGUCUCCUACAAUUAUCUCUCUGGUGCCCUCCCUCCAAUACCGCUUUUUGAUAAUAUGGCUGUGUCCUGUUUUGUUGGAAAUAAAGGACUAUGUGGUGGACAACUUGGUAGAUGUGGAUCCCAGUCAUCAUCUAGUUCCCAGUCAUCCAAUUCAGUCAGUCCCCCUUUGGGCAAGAUCAUAGCAAUUGUUGCGGCUGUCAUUGGAGGGAUUUCACUUAUUCUUAUUGCAAUAAUUGUGUACCAUAUGAGAAAACCAAUGGAAACAGUAGCGCCCUUGCAAGACAAGCAACUUUUUUCAGCUGGUUCUAACAUGCAUGUUUCUGCUAAGGAUGCAUAUACAUUUCAGGAAUUGGUCACUGCUACAAAUAACUUUGAUGAGAGUUGUGUUAUCGGAAGGGGAGCUUGUGGGACAGUGUACAGAGCCAUCCUGAAGGCUGGACAGACAAUUGCAGUAAAGAAGCUUGCUUCUAACAGGGAAGGGAGCAACACAGACAACAGCUUUCGUGCAGAGAUCCUGACUCUUGGAAAGAUAAGACAUCGUAACAUUGUGAAGCUGUACAGUUUUAUAUACCACCAAGGUUCCAACCUUCUACUCUAUGAGUACAUGUCAAGAGGCAGUCUUGGUGAGCUACUCCAUGGACAAUCAUCUUCUUCACUUGAUUGGGAGACACGCUUCAUGAUAGCUCUUGGAGCAGCUGAAGGGCUUUCGUACUUGCAUCACGAUUGCAAGCCUCGCAUCAUCCACCGUGAUAUCAAAUCCAAUAACAUUUUACUUGACGAGAACUUUGAAGCCCAUGUUGGUGAUUUUGGGUUGGCAAAGGUGAUCGACAUGCCAUACUCGAAGUCAAUGUCCGCAAUUGCAGGUUCAUAUGGCUAUAUAGCACCAGAAUAUGCUUAUACCAUGAAGGUUACUGAAAAAUGUGACAUAUAUAGCUAUGGCGUCGUGUUGCUGGAGCUGCUAACUGGGCGUGCACCUGUGCAACCCUUGGAACAGGGAGGUGAUCUGGUAACAUGGGUGAAAAACUACAUCAGGGACAAUUCUUUGGGUCCAGGGAUCCUUGAUAAAAAUUUGGAUUUAGAAGACCAAAGCGUCGUCGAUCAUAUGAUCGAGGUCUUGAAAAUCGCCUUGGUAUGUACUAGCUUGUCUCCAUACGAGAGACCACCGAUGCGGCAUGUUGUAGUUAUGCUAAGCGAGUCUAAAGAUAGGACCAGGGUGAGCUCUGCAUCCUCACCUGCCUCUGAUGAUUCUUCAAAGAAGGAUAACUCAUCGCCUCCAUCCAUCAACAUGGUGGCGGAAGAGAAGGUAAGCCCACACGUCAUCCUCUUCCCUUUCCUGGCGCACGGCCACGUCCCCGCCUUCCUCCGCCUGGCCGACCUCCUCCGCGCGCGCCGCCCGGGGCUCGAGGUCACGCUCGUCUCCACCCCGCGCAUCCUGGGCUCCCUCUCCCUCCCGCCGGCGUCCCCUCCCCUGCGCCUCCACGCGCUCCCCUUCUCGCCCGCCGACCACGGCCUGCCCCCGGGCGCCGACUCCCUGGCCGACAUCCAGGUCCACCAGUUCAUCACCUUCUUCCAGGCCUCCGAGUCGCUCCGCCCCGCGUUCGAGGAGUUCGUCUCGGGCAUCGGUUCCCGUUCCCCGGUCUGCAUCGUCUCCGACGCCUUCUUCGGGUGGACGGCCGACGUCGCGCGCGCGCGGGGCGCGCCCCACGUCGUGUUCCUCACUGGCGGCGCGUUCGGCAACGCCGUGUUCUUCUCCGUGUGGGAGCACCUCCCGCACGCCCGCACGGCCGCCGACGAGUUCCCGCUGCCGGACUUCCCGGGCGUCGUGCUCCAACGCACGCAGAUCCCGAGGUACAUGCUCCCCGCGACGGGGGCGGACCCCUGGACGGCCUUCUUCCGGCGCGUCAUCGCCUUCUGCCGCAAGACCGACGCGGUCCUCGUCAACACCGUCCGGGAACUGGAACCCUCCGGCCUCGACAUGCUCCGAAGAAGCCUCGGCGUCCAGCCGUGGCCGAUCGGGCCGGUCCUCGCGGCGCCGGCCCCGUCGGACUCGCGGGACGACGCCGGCAUCAUCCGGUGGCUGGACGCGCACCCGCCGCGCUCGGUGCUGUACAUAUCCUUCGGGUCGCAGAACAGCAUCAGCGCGGAUCAGAUGAGGGAGCUCGCGCUGGGGCUGGAGGCGAGCGGCCGCCGCUUCCUCUGGGCGCUCCGCCCGCCGCUGGGGUCCGACGCGAAGGGCGCGUUCAAGCCCGAGUGGCUCCCGGCCGGCUUCGAGGAGCGAGCGGCGCGGGCGAGCGCGGGGCUGCUGGUGCGCGGGUGGGCGCCGCAGGUGCGGAUCCUGGCGCACCCGUCCACGAGCGCGUUCCUGACCCACUGCGGGUGGAACUCCGUCCUCGAGAGCCUCUCCCGCGGCGUGCCGCUGCUCGGGUGGCCGCUGGGCGCCGAGCAGUUCUUCAACGCGAAGCUCGUGGCCGAGUGGGGCGUCUGCGUGGAGGUGGCGAGGGGCAACUUGGAGAGCUCGGCGGUGGAGAAGGAGAAUGUGGCGGAGGCCGUGCGGACGGUGAUGGGGGAGAAUGCGACGGGCGAGGAGAUGAGGAGGAAGGCGGCGGCGAUCGCGCGCGCCAUGGCGGCCGCGUGGGAGGCGCCGGGCGGGUCGGCGGCGGAGAGCCUGGAAGGGUUCCUGAGGUGCGUCGAGGCGUCCAUGCGCUGAGAUGCCCCGCUUUGAGAUUGGUGCGCACGUAACCGGCAGCUCUGUAACGUGCACUGUAACGUGCAAGCCGUGGGUAAUUGUUGCGUCGGGUUUGGAUGCGUCAUGCGUAGCCGUGGAACUUCUCGUCAUGCACGCGAAGUCUGAAGGCACCUGAUGAGGCCUGCGAGAAAUUCAGGAGGACAUCAGCAGGUUACCAUCCAAAACAGAUGUGUGGUCUCUGAUUUCUCGACUGCAGAUAGGAUUGCUUUCAGAUGAACAGUGCGUGCAAUGAUGAAUGAUGUAGCCCACACUGGUAGUCAGGCUGAGGCACUCGUCCGUGAAUGCCAGUCAAUUUCGCAGGGGUUUCAGACCCAACAUGCGAUGUGGGAACUGGUGAAUAUAUUCAGCAAACUCUCCAUCUCCAAGCAGGGAAAGGAGGCGAGCCUUGAUCCA